AGAGAGAGAGAGAGAGAGAGAGAGAGAGAGAGAGAGAGAGAGAGAGAGUACCAGUGCUGUUCACUUUAUGGGACUCAAAUAAUGGAAUACGUUCCAGCACCAAGUUGGAAGAGCCACGGAGAAUACAGAUAUUUAGCAGACGUGCAGGCGAAAGAGGGAAUAUAAACACCAGCGGAUAGAUAAAUAAAUAAAAUAAAUACGUCGGGUUAUUCUUUCUCCAUCUCCUCCAUUUUGGUCGUCAGUGAUGGAGCACAUCCGGACGCCCAAGGUGGAAAAUGUGCGUCUCUUGGAUCGCUCAUCAGGACAACGAAAGCCCAGUAUUGGCACUCUCUAUCUUUCUGCUACCCAUACCAUCUUUGUAGAGAAUAACCCUGAGACGUGCAAGGAGACCUGGGUGUUACACAGCAUGGUGAGCAGUGUGGAGAGGCCACCACCCACCCCCGCUGGCAGUCAGCUGAUCUUGCGGUGUAAGGACUUCCGUAUUUUCCAGCUCCUCUUGCCACAGGAACGAGACUGCAUGGACUUCCACACCUCAUUGGUCAGACUGUCACGACCAGAGAAGUACAGUGAGCUCUACUGUCUGUCCUUCAAUCCCAAUGUGAACAAAGAGGAGCGAGAGGAAUCGUGGAAAUUCAUCGACCUCAUGGGUGACUACAGGAGGAUGGGAGUUCCAAAUAAUCUGUGGGUCACUACAGCGGCCAACAGCGAGUACAGGGUGUGCGACACGUACCCAUCAGAGCUGUAUGUUCCGAAGUCGGCCACGCCUGCCACCAUUGUGGGCAGCUCAAGGUUCAGGAGUCGAGGGCGAUUUCCUGCCUUGUCUUACUUCCACCAGGACACUCUGGCGGCGCUAUGCCGAUGUAGUCAACCGCUAUCCGGCUUUAGUGGACGCUGUCCGGAAGAUGAGAUGAUGCUUCAGGCUGUGAUGAAGUCCAACCCUGGGAGCGACUACAUUUACGUAGUGGACACCAGACCCAAGUUGAACGCCAUGGCAAAUCGAGCUGCGGGUAAAGGCUAUGAGAAUGAAGAUCACUACACCAACAUUAAGCUGCACUUCAUCGGAAUCGAAAACAUUCAUGUCAUGAGGAGCAGCCAACAGAAGAUCAUAGACAUGGGUGAGAUGCGAGCUCCAUCCAUGACAGACUUCCUGUGGGGUCUGGAGAACUCUGGGUGGCUGAAACACAUUAAAGCUGUUCUGGAUGCUGGAGUCUUCAUAGCCAGGGCAAUGGCUGAUGAAGGCGUCAGCGUGUUGGUUCACUGUUCGGAUGGUUGGGACAGGACGGCCCAGGCUUGCUCUGUAGCAAGUAUCCUGCUUGACCCAUAUUACAGAACCAUCAAAGGCCUCAUGGUAUUGAUAGAGAGGGACUGGGUUUCGUUUGGACACAAGUUCUCCCACAGGUACGCCCACUUGGACGGUGACCCCAAAGAGGUGUCUCCGGUCAUCGAUCAGUUCCUGGAGUGUGUCUGGCAACUGACUGAACAGUUCCCUUGUGCCUUUGAAUUCAACGAACGCUUCCUCAUCAGCAUACACACACACGUCUACUCGUGCCAGUACGGGACCUUCCUGGGUAACUGCCAAAAGGAACGCAGAGAUAUGAGGCUUCAUGAGCGGAGUCACUCGGUGUGGCCUCAGCAGUGGAAGGACAGAGAUGAGUUCACCAACCCUCUGUAUAAAGCGGACCUGAGCCAGAGCCAAGGUGUACUGAGGCCCAAUACCACCCCCUACUGCUUCAAAAUGUGGAAAGGUCUCUAUAACCACGUGGAGAAGUCCACACCGCCUCGUCAGUCACCUGCCGACUUCCUGUCUGCCGUGAAGGAGGAGACUCAUCAGCUGGAGGAGGAGCUGACCAAUCACCAGGAGAGGAUAGCAGCCUUGACGGGGCAGCCAAUCACGUGGGAGAAGAUCAAGCUUCCCAGGAAGACACCUAACCACAUAGGGCAGAGAUACUGUGGGCCGGACCCACCUACUGCUUACACAAAUCCAGUCACCAGCGCUGCACAAGACUGUGAUCUCUCACUCUACUCCGAUCCAGCCAAUCAGAAAGCCCCUGCUCUGACCCUGCCUUUAGGACCACCUGUCCCGUUCAAGAGCCAUGACCCCGACGACCUCUCCACCUGCAGUGACCGGGAGUCAGGCGUGGCCGACCUCAGCAGUCGCUCAUCUGUGGGCGGGGACGACAACAAGUAUCCCGAUUCGGACGAGGCUGCUUUCGUCACUGCCUGAGCCUGAGAUCAGAUUUCCAAAAAUAUUUAUUCAGUCAGAAACCUGGAAUUAUCAAGCAGACUACGUGGAAAGAUGAAGAUUGCAGUGGCUUCCAUAACGUAAAGUGACAGAUGUCUUAGGUUGGUUCGCCUCCUUGGGUACUCGAGGGAGGC